AUUACCGUCAGCUAACUUAGCUUUAGGUUAGUUAUUUAGAUACCGGCCGUUACUAUUGUUCACUAAUGUUCACUAUUGCAGGUGUUGCCUUCCUACAAUCAGCAGUAUGCCAGCAUGGACGGUUUCAGCAAAGCUGCAGAUUAUGUGGGACGCAGUGUGAGAAGAGCUGAUGACUACUGACCUUUACGACCUCACCACAUGAGUCCCGUAGAUGUUGUCUUGAUUUAACGUCAACAAAUAACCCUAGCAUGUUGCAGAUGCAGUAGAUGAGUGUGAAUAGAUAUGAUUUCCACAGAUAUUGAAGAAUCUGGAUUAUAGCGAAAGAAACAGACACUUGGAAGAAGCCAUUGCCCUCAUUUGUCGUUUGACAGACUGUUUGGACAGAUGCAGGAUAAAGAAUGGUGGUUAUAGGAGGAGAUACUUCCUCCUACAGAGUGGACUUCAUUCUGGAGAUGCCAAAACUGGCCUUCAACAGUAGAGCCGAGGAGCUAAUUUGUGUUUUUUCUGCAAGCAAGUUAUCAAAUUCUAAGGAGCACUGAGGGAUCUUUUCUUUCUGAGAAACUUUACAAACUUUUUUGACAGGUUUUGACUUUUAACGUCUACAUCAUGGUUCUACACAUGUGGCAUGGCGCUCAUCUGCUCUGGGUCGGACUGUUAGUAUGCACCCUGGUGGACGCCGGGGCUAGCUUGAAGUUCUCCGGAGCGGAAGGCCAGUGGGCGGCAUUUCCGAUGUGGAACGCUUGCUGUGAAAGUGAAAUGAGCUUCAACAUGAAGACCAAGGCUUCUCAGGGGCUCCUGGUCUACUUUGAUGACGAAGGCUUCUGCGAUUUCCUUGAGCUGCUGAUGAACAACGGCAAGCUCAACCUCCGCUUUUCCAUCUUCUGCGCCGAGCCGGUCACCGUGUUCUCAGACGUGGUGGUCAACGACAGCCAGUGGCACGGCGUCACGAUAAAGAGGAAUUUCAAAAACACUACCCUUGUGGUGGACAGGGAGGUCAAGUGGGCGGAGGUGAAGUCCAAACGACGAGACAUGACCGUCUUCAGCCGCUUGUUCUUAGGAGGGAUUCCUCCGGAACUGCGCACCGUCGCUCUGAGGCUCACUUCGGACGCCGCCAAGGAACAAGUUCCCUUUAACGGAUGGAUAACGGACUUGAAGGUCAACAACUCUGUCCCUGCCAUCCUCACCAGUGGAGGGGUGGACAACAACGCCUGUGGCAGCGAGACAAUGUGCUUGAAUGGAGGAGUUUGCAGUGUCGUGAACGACAAACCCACGUGCGAUUGCUCGGAGACUGGCUAUCAGGGAAAGGACUGUAGUGAAGAAGACAACCCUGCUGAAGGUCUGGCGCACAUGAUGAUGGGCGACCAAGGGAAAGAAGAAUAUGUGGCGACCUUCAAAGGCUCUGAAUACUUCUGCUACGACCUGUCUCAGAACCCGAUCCAAAGCAGCAGCGAUGAGAUCACGCUGUCAUUCAAGACCAUGCAGAGGAACGGACUGAUGCUGCACACGGGCAAAUCGGCCGACUACGUCAACCUGGCGCUGAAAAACGGGGCGGUUUCGCUGGUCAUUAAUUUGGGGUCCGGGGCCUUUGAAGCCCUGGUGGAGCCAGUCAAUGGAAAAUUUAAUGACAAUGAUUGGCAUGAUGUCAAAGUAACAAGGAAUCUUCGUCAGCACUCAGGCAUUGGACACGCUAUGGUAACAAUAUCCGUGGAUGGGAUUCUGACCACCACAGGAUAUACGCAGGAGGACUACACCAUGCUAGGCUCCGACGACUUUUUCUAUGUUGGAGGGAGCCCUAGCACCGCCGACCUGCCAGGAUCGCCUGUUAGCAACAACUUCAUGGGUUGCCUUAAGGAGGUGGUGUACAAGAACAACGAUGUCCGGCUGGAGCUGUCCAGAGUGGCCUUACAGGGCGAUCCCAAGAUGAAGAUCCACGGUGUGGUGGCCUUCAAGUGCGAGAACGUAGCCACUCUGGACCCCAUCACUUUCGAAACGCCAGAAGCCUUCAUCACGCUGCACAAAUGGAACGCCAAAAAGACCGGCUCCAUCUCCUUCGACUUCCGCACCACUGAACCCAACGGGCUUCUUCUCUUCAGCCACGGUCGACCCAAGCAGCAGACCAAGGAGGCCAAGAGCCCCCUCACGCUCAAGGUGGACUUCUUCGCCAUUGAGAUGCUGGACGGCCAUCUGUAUCUGCUGCUUGAUAUGGGUUCGGGCACCACCAAGACUCGGGCCAUCAACAAGAAGGUGAAUGAUGGGGAAUGGAACCACGUCGACUUCCAGAGAGAUGGACGAGCUGGGACCAUCUCAGUGAACACCAUCCGGACCCCCUACCAGGCCCCGGGAGAGAGCGAGAUCUUGGACCUGGAUGACAACCUCUAUCUGGGAGGCCUUCCUGAGAACAAGGCGGGCCUGGUGUUCCCCACCGAAGUGUGGACGGCUCUGCUGAACUACGGCUUCGUGGGCUGCGUGCGGGACCUGUUCAUCGACGGCCAGAGCAAGGACGUGCGGCGCAUGGCUGAAUCGCAGAAGGCCACUGGGGUCAAAUCCUCCUGCUCCAAGGAAGCGCCCAAGCAGUGCAUCAGCAACCCCUGUCUGAACAACGGGGUCUGCAGGGAGGGCUGGAACCGCUACGUGUGUGACUGCUCUGGAACCGGCUUCCUGGGACGCUCCUGUGAAAGAGAUGCUACAAUCCUGAGCUAUGACGGCAGCAAGUUCAUGAAGAUCCAGUUGCCGAUGGCGAUGCACACCGAGGCCGAGGACGUAACGCUGAGGUUUCGGUCACAGAGGGCCUAUGGCGUGCUCAUGGCGACCACGUCCCGGGACUCUGCCGAUACCCUGCGACUGGAGUUAGAGACCGGACGCGUCCGCCUGACUAUCAACUUAGACUGUAUCAGGAUUAACUGUACCACCAGCAAGGGGCCCGAGACUCUUUUCGCGGGCCAGAAUCUGAACGAUAAUGAGUGGCAUACAGUGCGGGUGAUGAGGAGAGGGAAGAAUCUGCAGCUUUCUGUGGAUGAUUUACAGACUGUUGAAGGUGAGAUCACAGGUGACCACACCCAGCUGGAGUUCCACAACAUCGAGACGGGCAUCGUCACCGAAAAACGCUACCUCUCCACCGUGCCGUCCAACUUCAUCGGCCACCUGCAGAGCCUGGUCUUCAACGGCAUGGCCUACAUCGACCUGUGCAAGAACGGAGACAUCGACUACUGCGAGCUCAACGCCAUGAUCGGCUUCAAAAGCAUCAUCGCUGACCCGGUCACGUUCAAAUCGCGCUCCAGCUACAUAUCCCUGACCACGCUGCAGGCCUACUACUCCAUGCACCUGUUCUUCCAGUUCAAGACCACCUCCUCAGACGGCCUGAUCCUCUAUAACAGCGGAGACGGAAACGACUUCAUAGUGGUGGAGCUCGUCAAGGGUUACCUGCACUAUGUAGCGGACCUGGGGAACGGAGCCCACCUCAUUAAGGGCAACUCCAACAAGCCCCUAAACGACAACCAGUGGCACAACGUCAUGAUCUCCAGAGACACCAACAACCUGCACACGGUCAAAAUCGACACCAAAGUCACCACUCAGACCACCAUGGGCGCCAAAAACCUGGACCUGAAGGGAGACCUGUAUAUUGGAGGUGUGGCCAAAGAGAUGUACAAAGAGCUGCCCAAGCUGGUGCACGCCAAGGAGGGCUUCCAGGGCUGCCUAGCAUCCAUGGACCUGAACGGCCGGCUUCCUGACCUCAUCUCGGACGCUAUUACGUGUGUGGGGCAGAUCGAGAGGGGAUGUGAAGGCCCGAGCACCACUUGUCAGGAGGACUCUUGUGCGAAUCAGGGCGUGUGCCUGCAGCAGUGGGAGGGCUUCAGCUGCGACUGCAGCAUGACCUCGUUCGGAGGGCCUCUGUGCAGCGAUGCGGGGACGACGUACAUAUUCGGGCGGGAUGGUGGGCGGAUCACGUACACGUGGCCUCCUAACGACAGGCCCAGCACCCGAGCGGACAGGCUGGCGCUGGGCUUCAGCACGCAGCUAAAGGACGCGCUGCUGAUCAGGGUGGACAGCUCCUCCGGCCUCGGAGACUAUCUAAAGCUGCACAUCGAAAAGGGAAAUGUGGCCGUGAUUUUCAACGUGGGCACAGACGACAUAAACAUCGAGGAGAAGGCGAAGUUUGUAAACGAUGGGAAGUACCAUGUUGUGAAGUUCACAAGGAGUGGGGGUAAUGCCACACUGCAGGUGGAUGACCUGCCAGUCAUUGAGCGGUAUCCCACAGGAAACAUUGAUAACGAACGACUGGCGAUCGCUAGGCAGCGAAUCCCAUAUCGACUUGGUCGAGUAGUUGACGAAUGGCUACUCGACAAAGGUCGCCAGCUUACCAUUUUUAACAGCCAGACCACCAUCCAGAUCGGGGGAUGGGACCGGGACCGCAGCCGCUCCUUCCAGGGCCAGAUGUCUGGCCUGUACUACAACGGCCUGAAGGUGUUCAACAUGGCCGUGGAGGGCGAUCCCAACAUCCGCAUAGAGGGCAGUGUCCGUCUGGUGGGCGAGGCGCCUUCCUCCUCCUCGAUUACGCCGCAGUCCAGCGCCACGGCCAACCGCUCCGACACCUCUACCUCUAUUAUAGAGACCACCACCACCACCACAGCAGCCAGCCGCAAGGUCAAGCAGACCACGCCCAGAGAGCCACAGCAGACGACAGACGACCUGUUGGUGGCGUCUGCAGAGUGUCCGAGCGACGACGAGGACAUCGACCCGUGUGAGCCGAGCUCAGGUGGGUUAGCGAGCCCGACGGGUCCUGGCCUGAAAGUCUACCCCGAUCCUGUGGAGGUGGUCCGAGAGUCCAGCAGCACCACGGGCAUGGUGGUGGGGAUCGUGGCAGCCGCCGCCCUCUGCAUCCUCAUCCUCCUCUAUGCCAUGUACAAAUACCGCAACCGCGACGAGGGCUCCUACCACGUGGACGAGAGCCGCAACUACAUCAGCAACUCGGCACAGUCCAACGGCACGGUGGUCAAGGAGAAACCGGUCGCCGCGACCAAGAGCGCCAGCAAGGGCAAGAAAAACAAGGACAAGGAGUACUAUGUUUGAUCACUCCUCCUUCGCUGGGUGCUUGCUGGACCAACUUUUUAAAGGACUUCUUGAGUUUUUCCUCUUUUUUUUUUUCGUCUCCUAAAGAAUUAUACGAAAACCCAUCCUGUGUAAAAUAUGAACUGAAACAGACACAAACUGCUUUAAAAAUUGUAGAAAAUUUAUCUAAGAUGUGGAAUUACACCGCAAGAUGCAAGUGGCACCUGAGGAGGCGGCCGGGGCUGAAGGUUCUUCUGCGUUUUCCUCCAGAACGGAUGGAGGGAACAGAAGGACGGCGGUUGUGGUGGCGGCGACGGCGGAUCGGGCUGGCACGGGCUCAGUUGGACAUGCCGGUUGGUCCGGCCAAGAACAGACUGGCCUGAGGAAAACAAAGCUGAUUAAAUACCCAACAAUUACCCAUAACUGAUAAGCAGAUUAUCAAUACAAGCCCAUCUGCACUUCUACUGACAAGAUGUUGUGAUUGCACUUGCUGGUUUUAACAGCGAACCGAAGGGUCCAGAGGGGUCGGGGAGGGUCAUGUCACAAGCCGUCGACGUUUCAUUUCUGUUUGCUUGCUGUUCGCUGCCGAGACUCGUUUUUCUACCAUGAAGUGAAGGCUAGAGACCAUGCACAAGCUCGAAAAUUACUCACUCAAACACUGCGCAGAUCAAAUGGAAGAUAGGGGUGGGGGAAAUAAAAGGGACCAACGUCUAAAGCUGGUGUCUGAAGAAUCAACCAAAUCUCUUCUUUCUUUCGUCUUUUGCACCUUUUUUUAGAAGCGGCGACCGGUGUGGACUCUCGCGAGGCCGCUUGGUUAAAUCUAUCAAGGGUGCAAAAAGAACAGAAAGCCUGCCGGCCUGAGGAUCUGAAAGCAAUCUCAGAAAAGCAAUCUCAAGGCCUUACUUUCUCCGUCGGUGGGGAAACUCGAGGCCACGGUGCCAGCGGCGGGAUUUUAUUAUUUUUUUUUUUGUCUUUUUUUUUUUCGCAAAAGAAGUGAUCACAUGGGAGGGGGAACACUCGAUUGCACGCAAAACAGUAUCUUACUACAUAUGUUUAUACAGUACACCCACAUCUAAAUGUGCUCUCUGGACUGUGUGACAGUGGUGUUUUAUAGCCUGUUGUAUAGAUGAUGCAAAAUUAUAUCUGCUCCUCGACCAUUUUUCUUUUCAAUAAUAAAACGUUUGAAAACGAGAGAAAAAAGAAAAAACUAAAUGUUAUUAAGUGUUGCUAGAUAUAGACGAUUUUACGACGACACCGGCAAUGGCUUUUUUUAUCAUUAUUAUUAUUAUUAUUAUUAUUUUUUUAGGCUUUGAACAACAAGUCAUACCAAAUGAUGCACAUGUUGAAGGCCUGAAGUAAUCAGAUGGAGUGUGUGUUAAAUGUGUGUGAAUGGGUUUUCAUGUCAAGUCCCGCUGUUUCAGGCCUGCAGGAGAAAUCACUGCCCACCACCUGAUCUCCAGCUACCCCUGCUGUCUCCAAUGGCAAGGAAACCCCUUCCUGAGACUAGGAACACUAUGAGCUGUCCGUGGUUCUGACCACUAAGCCAAUGUUGGAUGUAGGCAAGAUGUAUGGUGAGAGGGGUACACACCACACUCAGUCAUUCCAGCUCCACCCCUGUGCGGACGUCCCGACUUCCUGUGCAUCUGUCAGUCUGCUCAUCUCUGCAUCUCUCCGUCCGUCUCCGUCUCCGCCACCUGUUUCUGGAAAGCAAGAAGAGGCGAACAUGAGCUAAACUGCAUUAACAGCAUCAUUAUUUUUUUUCUGUCGGUUUAUUUUCUAAUUCUACCAGUGCUAUUCUUUUCUACAGUAUUUUCUGUUCACUUGUGAUGAUUCUUUAUUGACCUCAAAGUACAAAAUUUAUUAUAAAAAAUAGUUUUGAAAAAUUAAACCAACAAAUAAAAUAUUACCUAAGUGAAAUCCGACGAAUCAGUUUGGUUAUUCCUUCUUGCGUUUGAUUCUUGACAGUAGCAUUCAUGAUUUCAUUACAUACAUUAUGCCAUUUUUAAGACUUAUUUUUAAACCUCCUGUUGUGUUCUGGACAAAUUUGACCGAUUUGCAAGUU